AGUGUAAGACUCCUUGGAGCAGUGACUGCCCUCUGGUGGUGAGCCAGAAUUGUCGCGUUGUGUCUGUGUUGCCUAAUGGUUGCUGAGAUGCCCACCCUGGCUAACAUGGUACAAUGGGCAGCGGAGGACAGUUGAAGGAUGUCUGAAGUUAAAAGUACAUCUGAUGAAGAAGCCUAAUGACGUAACCCUUAGCUUCCACCUGAAUUGGUUGUUUAUCCCAGAUUCUAAGCCAAGAGCCAGCUCCACAAGGGGCUCUCUGAAGGAAAGAUUUGGGUCUGCAUCCCUACCCAUGGGUAACCAAGACUAUGAAUAAGUGCCCACCACAAAAGCAUGUGGUGACAUGGAGCCUGAAAUAAACUGCUCUGAAUUUUGUGACAGUUUUCCUGGCCAGGAGCUGGAUCACAGACCCCUUCAUGAUCUCUGCAGGACCACAAUUACCUCCUCCCAGGACGGCAGCAGUAGCAUCUCUUCAUUAUCCCCUGCCCUCUUGGGUAUCGUUUGGACAUUUCUCAGCUGUGGAUUACUUCUGAUGCUCUUCUUUCUCGCCUUCACAAUUCGCUGCAGGAAGAACAGGAUUGUGAAGAUGUCCAGUCCCAAUCUGAACAUCGUGACCUUAUUGGGAAGUUGUCUGACUUACAGUAGUGCUUACCUCUUUGGAAUUCAAGGUGUUUUAGUGGGGAGCUCGAUGGAAACUCUCAUCCAGGUGAGACUGUCCCUGCUGUGCAUUGGGACCUCCCUCGUGUUUGGCCCCAUUCUGGGGAAGAGUUGGCGACUCUACAAGGUGUUCACCCAGAGGGUCCCGGACAGGAGAGUGAUUAUCAAAGACCUGCAGUUGCUGGGGUUGGUGGCAGCUCUUGUGAUGGCUGAUGUGGUCCUGCUUGUGACAUGGGUGCUGACCGAUCCUGUCCAGUGCCUCCAGAUCCUUGGUGUCAGCAUGACAGUGACAGGGAGAGAUGUGUCCUGCUCUUUGACCAACACACACUUGUGUGCUUCACGGUACUCCGAUGUCUGGAUUGCUCUCGUUUUGGGAUGCAAGGGGCUGCUCCUGCUGUACGGCGCCUACCUGGCUGGCCUGACAGACCACGUCAGCUCUCCUCCUGUGAACCAGUCCCUCACCAUCAUGGUUGGGGUCCACCUGCUGGUCCUGGCUGCGGGGCUGCUUUUUGUGGUCACCAGAUACUUGCACACCUGGCCCAACCUGGUCUUUGGACUCACCUCUGGAGGCAUCUUUGUUUGCACCACCGCGGUCAACUGCUUCAUCUUCGUUCCCCAGCUGAAGCAAUGGAAGGCAUUUGAAGGGGAAAACCAAACAGUCAGACACAUGGCCAAGUAUUUCAGCACUCCCAGCAAAAGCUUCCAUCCGCAAUGUGGUGAGGAGCAGAGCUGCCACCCUCAGAGCGAGAAGAGCUCCAUGGAGAGGCUGCUCACAGAGAAAAAUGCUGUGAUUGAAAGCCUGCAGGAGCAAGUGAACAAUGCCAAAGAGAAGCUAGUGAGGCUGAUGUCUGCUGAGUGUGCUUGUGACUCCCCAGAGUGGGUGGCCCCACCCACCUCUUCCCAGGGCAAGGAUGUCCCAGCUGCAGCCUCCGCCCAUGGCCCGGCACAAGGACCCUCAGGAUGCCCCUCUGCUCCUCAGAAUGAUCCCAACACAGCUGCCCAGGACUCCCAUUGUACUUCAGUGCCCUCCUCACGAAUGCAAAGCCCCUGGGUCCCUGGGAGGAAUGCCAGCUCCUCCCCAGGCCAGAAGAAGAUACGUGACUCAAAAGACUUCUCUGAUCACUUAGACCCGGAUCAUAGCCAGAAGCCACAGGCUGAGCAGAUCCAGGGUUUAGAAAGAGACCAAGGACCCACAGCUCCCAGCCAGGGUCUCGUCCCAGGCAGAGAGGCCUCUGAUCCCCAGAGACAGAAGCAGAGCUCUGAGGAGCCGUGGGAGAAGCUCCCUAGGGUCAGUUCGCUGGUCAGGGAAAAGCUUCAGGAAGUCAUACAAGAGCUGGGCCUGGGCCCUCGGGCUCCCCUCCCCAACUCCCUGACUCGUCCCCAGCAGCCCUGGAAGGACAGUGCUGCCCGCAGCCCACAGAAGAUGCCCGUCUCCAGGGAGCUGGGCUUCAGCCCAUACGUGGUAAGGAGGAGGCGGGCAGCUCAGCGGGCUCGCUCACACUUUCCUGGCUCUGUGUCCUCCUAUGUGGGGCACCGGACAGAUCAGACUGUUUCUGGGACACACAGUGGGCUGAAUGUGCCCAGUGGGGACAGCCCCGGGCCAGAUCACCAAGCCACUGAUUCUAAGGUACCAAGGCCCUCUUCCAGGAAGCCUUCACUUCUCCCAGGUCCUCGAGGGAGACUGGGCACCGCAGCGGGCAGCAGACAAGGCCAAGCAGAGCCCCAGAGGGCCGGGGCGGGCAAUGCAGCCUUUCCUCACCAGCCUUCAGCCUCUGCCUGGGCACAGAGGCCCACUGCCCCCUGCCUACCGACCUCGUCGGACCUGCCCGAGCAGCAGCAGUUUCAGCUCCCGGGGUCCCCCGGCUGCCCGUCCCUGUCUUCUCAGGGUAACUACCUUGACACUGAGUCCAGCAGCUCAGACGAGUUCUUCUGCCACUGCCACAGACCCUACUGUGAAAUCUGCUUCCAGAGUUCCUCUGACUCUAGUGACAGUGGCACAUCAGACACGGACCCUGAACCUGCUGUGGGACUGGCCUCCUGGGAGAAGCUCUGGGCCCGCUCCAACCCCAUCGUGAACUUCAAAGAUGACUUGAGACCCACGCUGGUGUGAAAAGCAGCAGAAUUGGUCUUGCCGAAGAGGUAGUCCGGGUUGAGCUGAAGCAAGGCCUUCCAAAAGAGAGCAAGGACCUGGUCACUGGGGAGCACACAGGGUCCUGCACUUGAGCAGCCCUGACUGAGUUUCAGCUGUACUCACUGUAACUCUGACCACUUCUCAAGUUCUAAAAAGAGGGGUAUUGCUUGUCUUGCUACCUCAUAGCAUUUCAGUCAGUGACUCCAGCAGAGUGACUAUAAAAUAUACUCCUUGAGUAAAAGGUGCUAAAUGAGCACAAAGUUUUCUUUCUAGGUCAGGCUGCAUCCUUUAAGACUCUUAACGUAUACCAGUGGGUGGCUGGAUGGACAGAAAGAUGGAGAGGUGCACGGGAGGUUUCUGUGGGGCCUAAAUUGUAGCUGUGACCCGUGAAGCCAGCCUUUUGGUGGGCAGACCUACCAAGAACAUAAGUCUAUUACAUGCUUGAUGUUUCACUUCUGGCAGGGGUGAUCUUCUUUCUACUAAAGUUGUAAGCAGUGUCGUGCCUGUGUUCUGGCUUUUGGCCAGCCCCCCUCUCCCACCCACCUCACUAGUCUUCCUAUGUGCCCCCCUCUUGGCAUCUUGCCACUGUCCCCGAGGUGGUCAGAUCUCCUGUGCCCACUCAAACUGUCUCCUGCCUGUGGGGCCACCCCUGGGGUCUGCCAGUGGUGCAGUGUUGUGCUGGGAGAAGCACACACCAGCAGUCUCUGUUGGGGUAGGAAGAACCUGCUGGUCACAAGGUGCUUUCGGUGCCACCAGGGUCACAUGACCACCAAUGACAUACACAAACCUGGAGACAAAAUGGGGAAAUAGGGAAAAGGAGUGGUGAGAAGGCCAGGAAGAAAGCAGGUUGUGAACAUUUCACUUGAGCUGGCUCUGUACUUGGCAAGAUCCCAAGUCAGUAAUUCUUAGGGUAACCCUGUGAAGUAGACACUCAUUUUUACGGAGGGGAGUCUGAGGCUUAGUGACGAAGGUCAUUUCCCCAGUGUCACACUGCCGGAUGGGAGUUGGCACACAGCUCCUGGGACUCCCGGCUGGUGAAUUGCGGGGGAGGGGGUGCGGAUCUCCUCAGUCUUCCAGAGUGGCAGGGGAGGCUCAGCAGGUGGACGGUAAAGCAAGGGUGGUGUGAGACAGCCGUGAGGUGCUCACCCCACAGCCCGGCUGACAAAACUGGGCUCCUGGUCCCCACUUGCUCCCCACGCUUACAGGGAUCCGGGGAGUUAGUAAGGAUGUUGGCACUCGUCUCUGACCGAAGGCACGGGGAGAGCAAGCUGGGCUCAUGUAGCCUAUUGCUGAGCUUGUCGUUCACCCUCCUCCCCGCAGCCUGUGCGUGCAUCUGCGGGUGCGCAUGGGGGUUUGCGAAGGAAUUUGGGCCUGGAAGAGGGGCAUCUGGCACUCAGUUUUUCACAGAUUUAUCAGACUCUCAAGUCUGCUAACACCCUGUGACCCUCCAGAUGCUGAACCAAGAGGGGCCCCUGGUAGCACAGCUGCUUCUGUCUACUUUCAAAUGAAGAUUUCAUAAUUUAUUCCACGCGUGGGUUUGUCGUCUCUGCAUGUGUUGUUUGUAUGCUAAGUGGUGCCUUAAUAAAAGAGAUCGACUCCUAAGGCAAA